GGAAAACUUAAUGCACCGAUAAGGAAGGGUUUGAAAACUUCACAGAAAUUCUACUGCUGUCCUAUUGAAGGCUGCCCUAGAGGACCAAACAGGCCAUUUUCCCAAUUUUCUCUUGUAAAACAGCACUUUAUGAAAAUGCAUGCUGAAAAGAAGCACAAAUGUGAUAAAUGCAGUAACUCCUAUGGUACAGAAUGGUACUUGAAACGGCAUAUAGAGGUCUGUGGGAAGACUUUCCAGUGUACUUGUGGAUGCCCUUAUGCUAGCAGAACAGCAUUACUGUCUCACAUUUACAGAACUGGCCAUGAAAUUCCUGCAGAACACAGGGAUCCUCCUAGUAAGAAAAGGAAAAUGGAAACCUCCGUACAUAAUCAGCAGUUGGCAGAGAAAGCAAAUGAAGCAUUCAUCAGUACACACAAUAAUAAUCCUGGCACUCAGGAAUUGGAGUCCUCUGAAGUGAAACUAGUGGCCUCUCUUGAAGGCUCCUGCAGUUCUAACUUCACGAACCAAAUGCAGCCAAAAUGUACACCGAAGAUGCUUUUACCGAAGCCCAGGGUGGCUUUGGUUAAACUCCCAGUGAUGCAGCUUGCUCACUUGCCUAUAUACGUAUCUGCAACAGACUCUUCUGUCAAACCUGCUGUAGUGGCUGUUGAUAAUCAAGGUUCAGUUGUAAGUACUGUUCAUUUAUUGCCUCAAUCCAUAGGAAUUCUGAUUCCAGCGCUGGAGGCAGAAACUCUGGUAUUUAAAGAUAGUAUGCCUGUUUCAAAAGUGACAAAUUCUAGGGAUCAUGAGCCAGUAAGUACUGGUGUACAAGUUGAGUUGGAUAAGGUUGCAUCAAAUAACACAGGGCAAGAGCUGGGGAAUGUUUGUCACAAGAAUAAAAUUUCUUCAAUAAAUGUACAGACUGACUUAUCUUACAUUUCACAGAACUUUGUACCAGCUGCAGCCUGGACUCCCAAUUCUUCUGUAUCCUCUUGCUCUCAGACAGAUCUGUCGUUUGGUUCACAGGUUUCGUUACCCAUCAGUGUACAAACACAGACGCUGCUGCCUGCUUCCAAACUGACUUCAUCCAUAGCUGCUCAGACUGAUGCCUUUAGCCAGGUUUGUUUUACAACGUGUGGCGUUUCUAGAGAGACUCAAACCAGUAGGACGCAGGACUCUCUUGAUGGAAGAGUGCAGAUGGACCAGGCCGUCAUGUCUGGUGACAUCUUUGACAAUGUUCAUUCAUCAUAUGUUUCUACUCACAUUGAACUUCCAGAAAACAAUUUAAUGCCUGCAACUAUAGAUCAAACCUUGCUGCAAAGGAGUAAUUGCAAGAGCCUGAAUCAAGAUACGGUGAAGUCUGAAUCCCUUAUCAGCUUCAAUACACAGACUAAUAUACUUCCACCUCAAAAUAUGAUGGAUAAUCAAACCCAGACAAUGGACCUACUAAGUGAUCUGGAGAACAUCUUUUCAGGAAACAUGUCUGGCCAGACACUGGAUAAUCGUGGCCUUUUGUCUGAGACAAGUUCUAAUGCUGACACGCAUCUGCCAUCUGGUCCAUCACAGAGCACAGGAAUAGACUUUGACAUUGAAGAGUUCUUUUCAGCAUCCAAUAUCCAAACUCAGACUGAGGAGAGUGAGCUUGGUACCCUGAACUCUGAGCCAGUUUUGGAGUCACUGGACAUCGAAACUCAGACUGAUUUCUUAUUUUCAGAUAGUGCCACUCAAUCGUAUAGCUGCCGAGGAAAUUCUAACUUCCUAGGUUUGGAGAUGUUUGAUACACAGACACAGACAGACUUGAAUUUCUUUUUGGACAGUAAUACCCAUCUGCCUUUAGGAAGCAUUCUGAAGCAGUCUAGUUUCUCCAUGAGUACUGACUCAUCUGAUACAGAAACCCAGACAGAAGUAUAUCCUGCUACCAAAAAUAUGCCUACUCAGAAUAUUGAAGGCAAAGUCCAGCUCAGUAGCGCUGAAACACAGACUAUGGAUAGCUGCUUUGAGAAUCUGGGGAGUUUAUUCCUUACCAGCAACGAGACACAGACAGCGAUGGAUGACUUUCUCCUGGCUGACUUAGCCUGGAACACAAUGGAGUCCCAGUUCAGUUCAGUAGAAACACAGACCUGUGAAGAGCUGUGCUCCUUGUUUCAGAGCUCUGACAAGCCCAGCCGUUGA